AAUGUCGAGAACGUCGUCGCUUCUUUUAGCUCAAGUUGCGCCUGCGAGCCUGGAAACUCUGGGAGUGCGGGGUUGAUCCGUUUCUGAAAUGCGAGUGGAGAAGCUGGGCUUCGUGGUGAGGAGCAAAGAUGUAGUUGGUGGCCCACACACUGCAUCAUGGGCACAGAAGGCUCCCAGGUAGACAUGGAUGGACUUGGCUUGUCAGGAGGAAGAGAUGGAGCGUCCACCACCACGACUAACGACACAUUCAUGAAGAAGAGCCAAGUGGAGAAGACAACAAUGUCCUUGCGUGUGGUGAUGGCUGCCUCGUUAGUGCUUCUCAUCCUCUUCACCUUAUUGGGCAACGCGCUCGUGUGCAUGGCGGUGAUCAAGUUUAGGCAUCUACGCUCCAAGGUGACCAACUUCUUCGUCAUCUCCUUGGCUGUUUCGGAUCUCUUUGUGGCUGUGCUGGUGAUGCCGUGGAAAGCGGUGGCGGAAGUGGCCGGUUUCUGGCCUUUUGGGGGCUUCUGUGACAUUUGGGUGGCUUUUGAUAUCAUGUGCUCCACAGCAUCAAUCCUCAACUUGUGCAUCAUCAGCAUGGACCGUUACUGGGCCAUUUCUAGCCCCUUCUGCUAUGAACGGAAGAUGACCCAACGGGUAGCUUCUGUUAUGAUUGGGGUGGCUUGGAUGCUCUCCGUUCUGAUCUCAUUCAUACCCAUCCAUCUGAGAUGGCAUAAAGCCAGGAAGCUCCUUCCUGUUGAGGGACCGGGCCCCAACCUCACCUGGACCCUCGAAGGGAACUGUGACUCCAGCCUCAACAGAACCUAUGCCAUUUCCUCAUCCUUCAUCAGCUUCUACAUUCCCGUCGCCAUCAUGAUUGUGACGUACACCCGGAUUUUCCGCAUCGCUCAAAGACAGAUACGAAGGAUCUCAUCUCUAGAGAGGGCUGUGGAACAUGCCCAGAGUUGCCAAAGCAGUGAGUGUUCUCACGAGGUCUCCUUGAAGAACUCCUUCAGGAAAGAAACCAAGGUCCUGAAGACUCUGUCGAUCAUCAUGGGCGUUUUUGUCUUCUGCUGGCUCCCUUUCUUUGUGCUCAACUGCAUCGUGCCCUUCUGCGAUCCCGACCUUCACGAGACGGGGAAGCUACCCUGUAUCAGCGAUACCGUUUUCGACGUCUUUGUCUGGUUUGGCUGGGCGAACUCCUCUCUCAAUCCCGUCAUCUACGCAUUCAAUGCUGACUUCCGGAAGGCUUUUGCAGCCAUCUUGGGCUGCGGUCGCUUGUGUCCUAGCAAUGCUGUGGAGACGGUAAACUUCAGCAACGAGUUGGUUUCCUACCAUCAUGACACCACCUGCCAGAAAGAUCUCGGGACCUUAAGUUACUCACACUUUCUCCCUCAUGUUAUAACUCUUCCAGGCGAAGAGGAGGAGGGUCUGGGGUUGGACAAGGCCCCCCGAUCAUCUCAUGGUAACAGUGCGGCUGUUUUGUCGGCCAUUAUUCAUGAGGAGUAUGAAACCGAUCUCUCACUGGAGAAGAUCACUCCCUUCGCCACCAAAGCUGUGAUGGAUGAAGAGAGAACCAAAGACGAUCUUGCUGAGGGAGACGGAAGCAGCGAACACGAACUUUUCCCGUGGGUUGGAUGA